AAAUAAUUUACUCUUGUAGAGUCUUGCAUUAAUUACGUAGGUUACUCUCAUUUAAUUAAAAAAUAAAAUAAAAUCUUUACGCCCUAGACAAACGACGUCGUCUCCUCCCAGGGGAGGAGGAGGAGGAUUUCAGAUAGAGCGCGCAUAUUUUGGCGCCAAGGCCCAUCAUUUUCUUUUUCCCUCCAUAGGUUUUCCAAGCCGUCGUAUCUCAGCCGCAGAUCCUUGCCAUUUGCCGAACGCCAACCCAUUGAUCGUAAUUGGAUAUUACUUGGGGGAUUUGUUCCUCCAAUUGAACGUUCCCCUCAACAUACUAAUCUGAUCGACCGGCCACAACAACCGAGAUGAAAAUAAAGGUGAGGUGUAGUUGUGGGGAGGGCAAGUGCCCGGAAUGGGCAGUUGUGGAACUUCAAGGAGUGGUGGAAACCCAGCCGGCCUUCCAAAAUCGCCUCCACAAUCUCCAGAUUGGAGUCCUCUGUCGCCCUUCUUCUCAGGAGACCUACACUUUUACGGUAGGAUAUCAUGAGUUGACCGGGACGAAGGUUCCCCUGAAGAAGCCAAUGUUGGUGCUGAAGAAAAUCAAACCCGCUUCCUAUGAAGGAGAUAACGGGGACGGCGAGAACGGCUCUGGAUCUGCAGGGGUAGAGAUGGAAGUUAUUGGAAUAAUUCGCCACAAGAUUUUGUUCAAGACCAGACCAAAGGCUCUCAUUUCGGGACCACCUCAGCCUGUUGCCAAGGGAAAACUGAGCACACCAACUUCCCUUUGAAUUCACCUCUUUUGUUACUGGAUUAGUGUGAAAAUCUUAAUAACUGGGAAUUCACUGAUAGAAUCUCCAUUCCAGUUUCUUAACCAUUGAAAUCUGAUAUGAUAUCGCUGCUUCUGUGUAACUCCAGGUUCUGCACAUUUUGUAUUCGAUAUGAUUGUCCAGCUUUUGUAAGCUUGUGAUAUGAGUAGCUUUGGUGCGAAUUUUGGUUUGCAUUUUGAACCCUAAGCAUACCAG